AUGUACAGCAAGAUUUCUGUUUGUGCACUUGCAAAUUUAAUUAUCGGAAAACAGUGCUCAUUAUUUGUUCAUAGCAUCUUAAUUGGAUGCAGCAAGGAACAUGUUAUUGUUCUCGAGUUGCAAGUGGAUUAUCUUGUUGUACAGAGUGCAUUAGCUUUCCUCUGCCUUUCUACUUUUUUCCGUAAAUACGGGCUGAGGAGGUUCUUGUUUCUCGACAAGUUGAGGGGGGAGAGCCGGAGGGUGAGGCUCGGGUACGCUUCGGAGCUCAAUCGGUCGUUCCGGAUUCUGGCCUUCUUCGUGACGCCGUGUUUCGUCGCAGAGUGCGGAUACAAGAUAUGGUGGUACUACAGCGGGGCUCGAAGAAUCCCCUUCUUGGGCAACGCGAUAGCGAGCGACAUGGCGGCGUGCGCCCUCGAGAUAGCAUCCUGGCUAUAUCGCACGUCGAUGUUUUUACUCGUGUGCGUUAUAUUCCGCGUGAUCUGCUACCUCCAGAUCCUGAGGCUGCAGGAUUUUGCUACGGUGUUUCAGGAGGAAUCGGAUGCCGCUGCGGUGUUGCAGGUGCAUUUGAAGAUAAGGAGACAGCUUAGAGUCAUCAGUCACAGGUUUCGCAAGUUCAUCGUUGCGGUGGUGAUUCUCGUUACGGGAAGUCAGUUCGCCACGAUUUUGCUGACGACGAGGCCGCGUGCUGAGGUCAAUGUUUUCAACAACGGGGAAAUUGCACUAUGCUCAGUAGUCCUCGUCACGGGCUUGCUGAUAACAGUGAGUAGCGCGGUGAAGAUCACGCACAAGGCUCAAGCAGUGACCAGCCUUGCGGCAAAAUGGCACGCGUGCGCGACAAUAGACUCGUUUGAUGCUGACCUUGAAGCUGCAUUAACUUGUGAGAUUGUCUCUUCUGAUUGUGUCGUCCCUGUGAAUGUUAGUGUCGAGAAUGAUCAAGAACCUGAAGAAGUAGAGGGUACUGAUGAGGAUGAUCUUGAGAGCAUGGAGAUUGUUCAGCCUCAUGCACAUAGCAUUUCCUUUCAAAAGAGGCAAGCAUUAGUGACGUAUUUGGAGAACAACAGAGCAGGAAUUACAGUAUAUGGAUUCAUGUUGGACAGGACAUGUCUUCAUAUGGUUUUCAUGGUCGAGUUGAGUUUGUUUCUAUGGUUAUUAGGAAAGACAAUUGGGAUCUCCUAAUGCAAAUUUCUUAAAUUUUUUCUGCAUUCAAUUUUAUUCAUUUUUUCCCAUGUAAAUUGUAUUUACUUUCUGAUUAUAUUCAUUCUGUUUUGUUUAAAUUGGUGUUGAGGGCUGAAGGCAUAUCUGUUUUCUUUUACUUUUAUGAGUUUUCAAUGAUGGAAGCCGUGUAGAUGUCAUUUUAUAGGAGUGGAGGA